AUGCCGCCAUUCAUGUCACGAAUCAUGCGCCUGUUCUCUACCACCCCAUCUCUCUCCCUGACUCCAGAAGUUCUCGCAGCCCGGGGCUUCCCGGAAAAUGCGCAAGAAGCUACAUUCGCUGCUGGCUGCUUCUGGGGUGUGGAACACCUGUUCCGGAAGAAGUUUGGCGGCGGGAAGGGGCUCUUGGAUGCAAGAGUCGGAUAUUGCGGUGGUGAGUCGAGAAGCCCGAGCUAUCGGAGCGUCUGCAGUGGGACUACGGGUCAUGCCGAAGCUCUAAGGAUCAUCUUUGACCCUUCCAUUGUUACAUAUCGUCAACUGGUCGAAUUCUUCUACCGCAUGCAUGAUCCUACAACUCUUAACCGACAAGGCCAGGAUGUGGGGACACAGUAUCGAAGCGCGAUAUUUACGCACAGUGAAGAACAGCAAAAAAUUGCCAAGCUGGUUACUGAGAAGGUGGCUACGGAAUGGUGGAAACGGCCAGUCAAGACGUUGGUUGUUCCGGCUGGUCAAUGGUGGGAUGCGGAAGAAUACCACCAGCUGUAUUUGGAUAAAAAUCCCGGUGGAUAUGAGUGCCCCAUGCAGUAA